CCGUAUGCCACGUCGUUUGAUUUCGGACGACGAUGACUUUGAGCCACCCAGGAAACGCAUGGUUCCCACAGCCGUUCCAUAUGGCUCGCCACCUAUCUGUUCUUUAACUGAGUUGGCCCGCUCGAUGGGUAAAAACUCACGUCAGUGGUCUUCCCAGCAAUACAACAUGGGUGGAUACAAACCAGCUUAUACAGGUAAGGGGUACAUUUUGCUUAAUGUUAAACUACAGCGUUCAAUACCGCAUCUAACUGUGGUGAAAAGUCGAACCCACAGAUUCCGAAAACGGCAUCGGGUUGGUGCUUACACUUUGUAGCUUGAUUGUCCUAGUACUAGAGUCCACCUCCGAUUCCUCCUUCAUCACCGUUCCUACAAGCAAUUGGAAUGCUAUUCACCGUAAGCAUGUACGUGAGGUUUUACCAUUUUUUGCAGGCGAUAUAGACCAAAUGAAGAAUGAACUGCAGUCCAUAGAUGGUAAUGUUCAGAAAAUUAUGGAGACACUGGAGUAUAUGAAGAGCUCCAUGAG